UUAGAAAAAACACAUUAAUUUAAGCAAACAAUUUCUUACCGAAAACCUAGAUCUGUCCUCUUUCUCUCUCAGUUUUCCAUUGAAGCGCACUCCACAUUCUCCAUUGAAAUUUUCUAUCCGUUGAAGCUGCUUCUGAGUGGUAGGAAUAUAUCUGGUGAAAGGACUUUGUUAUCUAGCUGCAUAUCUUGUUGUUUUCAGUUCGGAAAAGCUAUGGAUUCAGUCAGCCCUGCAGAGCGCAGAUACUUUGAAGACGAUGACACCUCCAUGAUGAAGGUUAUUAAGGGUACAACUAGUGGUUUAGCAGCUGGGACAAUCUUUGGUACCGUUGUGGCAACAUGGUAUGACGUGCCCCGUGUUGAGAGAAAAGUUGCCCUACCAGGAUUGAUAAGGACUUUGAAGAUGAUGGGAAACUAUGGGCUAACAUUUGCUGCUAUAGGUGGUAUUUUCAUUGGUGCAGAGCAGAUGGUGGAACAUUAUAGGAAAAAGAGAGACUUUGUUAAUGGAGCAGUUGGUGGCUUUGUUGCUGGAGCUUCUGUUUUGGGCUUCAAAGGAAGGAGCAUUCCAACGGCAAUUUCUGCGGGAGCUGCAUUGGCCGCCACUUCUGCCCUCAUUGAUAUUGGUGGUCAGACAACAAGAAUUGACAAUGGUAAAGAGUACUACCCUUACACUGUCAAGAAAAGGCCUGCACCCACAGAAUAAGCUCGUGUUGCUGCUAUCGUGUUUCAGAGGCAAUGCUUUGGCUUAUUCUCAGAUAAGAUGUAUUUUCUUGUGUAAUUUCUUUUUGCCUUAGCCUUACCUUUAAACUCAUUUAGCCACACUUGAAUGAAUUGUUGAAUAAAUUUGUACUGCCAUUUUGCAAGUUUUAAGCUCUUUUGUUUUCCAAACAAAUAAGGAAAACAUUUUGCUGCUUCUUGACAUCCUUAAGAGUGCAAGGAUGUAUAAUGAGCGUUAAAUCCUGAUUUUUACCCACUGUUA